AUCCACCAGUGAUACAAACCCCUUUGGUUUUGCCUUCCCGGCCCCUCGCUCUCCCGGCAUCCCCAGAGGCCAGGGUUAGGAGUCCCCCGCCUGCCGUGCCGUCCAUCCCACAUCACCGCCUAUCACCGGAGGACGACGCAUCUAUCCCCUUUUCCCUUGCUGGUUUCCUCGCCGCGGUUUAAACCCUUUCACGGCUUGCCCUGCUCAGUGCUCAGCAGCUUUGCCCCCAUCGUUCCGUGAGCUCAGCCUCUCCGCCUAUAAAUGGCAGCCCCGCCCCCCUGCAAGUUCAAACGCACGCCGCACGCUCGCAGCCGCCCGACGACCGUGGCCCCCACCGUCACCAUCUCCUGCCACAGUGCCACCGCCAUCACUGCCCCGCUCGGGAUUCCUUCCUAUCGCUGCCGCUGCAAGCCGUUGGUAACGAAGCUGCGAUAAUGGUGAUGGGGCUGGGGUCGAAGCGUAGGGUGGCGGAGGGCGGCACGGAGCCCGAGGAGGAGUCCUCGGAGGAGUACGAGGUGGAGGAAGUGUGCGACCACAUCGCCUCCUCCCGUGGCAGCCGCCUCGCGCUCUUCGGCUCCGACCUCCGCCUCGGCCGCUUCCGCCCGCGCCGGCGCAGGCGCCGCCCGCUCGCCGGGGAAGGCGCCGCGGAGGGCUUCCUCCACGACCUCGUCAUCCACCCCGACAACAGAUGGUAUCAGUUAUGGACCAAGUUCAUACUGGGUUGGGCGGUGUACAGUUCCUUCUUCACGCCCCUGGAAUUCGGCUUCUUCAGAGGGCUCCCAGAAAACCUCUUCUUCCUGGACACAGUUGGACAGGCUGCGUUCCUUAUCGACAUUGUUGUGAAAUUUUUCGUGGCAUACCGUGACCCAGACACGUACCGAAUCGUCUACAGUCCCACCGCUAUUGCCCUCAGAUAUUGCAAAUCAAGCUUCAUCUUUGAUCUUCUUGGUUGCUUCCCAUGGGAUGCUAUCUACAGGGCUUGUGGAAGUAAAGAAGAAGUAAGAUACCUGCUGUGGAUUCGCUUGACACGGGUUACCAAGGUCACAGAAUUCUUCUGGCGUUUAGAGAAGGACAUACGUAUCAACUACCUCUUCACUAGGAUAGUGAAGCUCAUAGUUGUGGAGCUCUACUGUACGCACACAGCAGCCUGUAUCUUCUAUUACCUGGCUACAACGCUUCCUGAAUCAAUGGAAGGAUACACGUGGAUUGGGAGUCUGCAGUUGGGGGACUACAAGUUUACACAUUUCAGGGAGAUCGAUCUUGCCAAGCGCUAUAUAACAUCGUUAUACUUCGCCAUUGUCACCAUGGCAACAGUUGGUUACGGUGACAUUCAUGCUGUCAACAUCAGGGAGAUGAUAUUCAUCAUGAUCUACGUUUCCUUUGACAUGAUUCUAGGAGCUUACCUGAUUGGUAACAUGACUGCGCUCAUCGUGAAAGGCUCGAGAACCGAGCGGUUUAGGGACAAGAUGAAAGAAGUGAUCAGGUAUAUGAACAGAAAUAAACUUGGAAAGGAAAUAAGGGAACAGAUCAAAGGACACUUGAGGUUGCAGUAUGAGAGCAGCUACACUGAAGCGUCCGUCCUUCAGGAUAUCCCGAUUUCUAUCCGUGCAAAGAUUUCUCAAACACUGUAUAAGCCAUAUGUUGAAAGUAUUCCGUUGUUCAAGGGAUGUUCCGCAGAGUUCAUACAACAGAUUGUGAUCAGGUUGCAAGAGGAGUUCUUCUUACCAGGAGAGGUUAUAUUGGAGCAAGGAAGUGCAGUCGAUCAAUUGUACUUUGUCUGCCACGGUGCACUGGAAGGUGUUGGCAUCGGUGAAGACGGGCAAGAAGAGACUCUGCUGAUGCUGGAGCCAGAGAGCUCCUUUGGCGAGAUCUCAAUCCUCUGCAACAUCCCGCAGCCCUACACGGUCCGCGUCUGUGAGCUCUGCCGGCUCCUGCGUCUCGACAAGCAGUCCUUCACCAACAUCCUGGAGAUCUACUUCGUCGACGGCAGGAGGAUCCUGAGCAAUCUCUCCGAGAGCGAGUAUGGCGGACGGGUGAAGCAGCUGGAAUCGGACAUCACGUUCCACAUCGGGAAGCAGGAGGCGGAGCUCACCCUGCGGGUCAACAGCGCCGCUUUCUACGGCGACCUGCACCAGCUGAAAAGCCUGAUCCGGGCAGGGGCUGAUCCCAAGAACACCGACUAUGACGGCCGCUCCCCUCUGCAUCUGGCGGCUUCCAGAGGGUACGAGGACGUCGUGCAAUUCCUCGUCAACGAAGGCGUCGACAUGGACCUUACCGACCAAUUUGGGAACACGCCGUUGCUGGAGGCAGUGAAGCAGGGGCAAGAACGGGUGGCAGCGCUGCUCUUCGCCAAGGGCGCCAAGCUGAGCCUCAAGAACGCCGGCAGCCACCUGUGCACGGCAGUCGCCAAGGGAGACUCGGACUUCAUUCGGCGCACCCUGGCCUACGGCGCCGACCCAAACUGCAGGGACUACGACCACCGCACACCGCUCCACAUCGCCGCCGCCGAGGGCCUGUACCUCAUCGCCAAGAUGCUUGUCGAGGCCGGCGCCAGCGUGUUCACCACCGACAGAUGGGGCACCACUCCGCUGGAUGAAGCGCGAAAGUGCGGCGGCCGCGUACUUGGGGCGCUGCUGGAGGAGGCGCGGGCCAACGAGCUGGCUAUGUUCCCAGAACGCGGCGAGGAAGUCAGGGACAAGAUGCACCCGCGACGGUGCUCGGUGUUCCCGUACCACCCGUGGCGGGCGGCCACGGGCGAGGAGCGGCGUAUUGAGGGAGUGGUCCUGUGGAUCCCGCACACCAUUGAGAGCCUGGUUGCGUUGGCGCAGGAGAAGCUCGGCUUGCCGGGCCCGGCUUCGCGGCUGCGGUUGCUGCGCGAGGACGGGGCCAGGGUGCUCGACGUCGAUAUGGUCAAUGACGGCCAGAAGCUCUACCUGGUCGGAGGCGAGGACGGCGAUCAGAAAUAUGGUCAGUAGAUUGGCCAUGGACCAACCAUGGUUAGAAGAAAACGGAAUCAAGUCCAUCGUCCCUGCUGGACACUGUACAGAACUACAAAUUCGCAAUUAUGUUAGAUGUGAAAUGGAAAUGCAAUGUGAAGCAAACUAAACAGGAUAAUCCAUUCCCGCGCCGUCCUGUGCCGCCGCAGAUGGUCCUUGCAGACCUUGGUGCGCCGUCAGCUCGUGGCGUCCUGCUGAUAGGCACUCCGACCCGGCGGCCAUCCCUGUUGUGUUUGUUAUAUGGGAGAAGCCAGUAAUAAAACCAGUGUUUUAAAAAGUGGGAUAAGAGAUUUAUCCUCAGGC